AGCUCAGCGUCGUCACGUCAGCCGUCCUGCUGCUGCUGCUGCUGCUGCGAUUUUCCGGGUUUUUCCUCACUCAGGCUCCCAAAAAGCAAAAUAAGAAACGUGGUGUCGGCGGAAAAGAUGGUGCUGCUGACGAUGAUCGCCCGGCUGGCCGACGGCCUGCCGCUGGCCGCCUCGAUGCAGGAGGACGAGCAGUUGGGCCGCGACCUGCAGCAGUACCAGAGCCAGGCCAAGCAGCUCUUCCGGAAACUCAACGAGCAGAGCCCCACGCGCUGCACCUUGGAGGCCGGCUCCAUGGCCUUUCACUACGUUCUGGAGAAAGGCGUGUGCUACCUGGUCCUGUGCGAAGGCAGCUUCCCCAAGAAGCUGGCCUUCGCCUACCUGGAGGACCUGCAGGCCGAGUUCCACGAGCAGCACGGCAAGAAGGUGCCCGUCGUGUCCCGGCCGUACUCCUUCAUCGAGUUCGACACUUACAUCCAAAAGACCAAGAAGGCGUAUAUUGACAGCCGCGCCCGCAGGAACCUGGGCAGCAUCAACACGGAGCUGCAGGAUGUGCAGAGGAUCAUGGUGGCCAAUAUCGAAGAGGUGCUGCAGCGAGGAGAGGCGCUGUCCGCGCUGGACUCCAAGGCCAACAACUUAUCCAGCCUGUCCAAGAAGUACCGCAGCGACGCCAAGUAUCUGAACACGCGAUCCACAUAUGCCAAGCUGGCGGCCGGCGGCGUCUUCUUCAUCAUGCUCAUCGUUUACGUGCGCUUCUGGUGGCUCUGAGAAGACGGGACAGUACAGUAGUCUACAGACACACAAAAACAAGCAACCCUUCAGACUUAACACAACGCCACACUUUCAGAAUUAUAGAAUAAAGCCUGACGGUUCCGGGAUUAUUGGCUCCACGGAGAAAAAGUCAACCCGUGGGUGUCUUAAAGGCAACUGUGUACAAAAACGAAUGAACACCCAAGGGACUCUUGUUGUACGUAAAAAAAAAAAAAAAGCUGCUUAAUUAUAUCUUCAAGACUGUCUAGUUUACUCCAAAGUUGGUUCUGGCAUUCACUGAUGUUAAAGAAUGAUUAAUAAUCAGACCUUCACACUGACAGCAUUUAUGAGGUGUUUUUGUAUUCUGAAAGAUGCACCAUCAUAUUAUAUACUAAGACAUAAUAUAUUCCAUACAGUAGUAAACCCCAGCACACUACAUUUCUGCAACCCUUUCAUCUUGUACAAAGUUUACCCUUGUAAAUUUCCAUGUCAGUCCAGUCGCUGGCUGUUUUUUUUGUUCUGUCUGCUAUCUUGUGAAUAAAAAGUGUUUGCACAGCA